AUGCAUUCGUUUAAAAAAAACAAAAUGUAUAUGUCUGCACAGAUCUUCCCUGAUCCUGGCUUUCGCAGAGAAAUGAAACAACUUCUAGUGUAUUGUGUCCAUGAGGGCUGUGUGGAGCAGCUCCGGUUUAGUAACCUGGAGAGACAUGUGAAGGAAUGUGUGCACCGAGAGGUGCAGUGCAUCAACUCCCCACGAGGAUGUAGAGAGCUAAUCAAGUUUAAAGAUGUGGAGCUUCAUCUUAAGGAGUGUGGUUACCGGCCUAUAAUUUGUGAACAGUGCGGCUCAGAGUUCAGUUUUAACUCUAAACAGGAACAUGACUUGGAACAGUGUCCAGAGGCACUGGUCAGCUGCACUUACUUAUGCGGUCAAGAAAUGAAACGCAGGCUGUUGGAGGAUCACAAAGCUGUAUGUCCAAAGAAACCGGCAGAGUGUCAGUUCAAGAUCCUCGGCUGCACAUUCACUGGCAGUUCAGAAGAAGUUAGGAAGCAUGAACAAGACGUUGGUAGCCACUUUCAAGUCCUUCUUGAAUGCUUUACAACAUUCAGGCUGCAGUCACUAGAAAUGCAGAAAAAUUUAGAGGAAACUAAGCGAAAUCAAGAAAGAAUUGAUAAUAUUGUGAAAAACAUUCAUAGAGAAUUGAAGUUGAAGAUGGUGCAGCAGGUAGAGCGCUUGAUUAUUGCCGAGCAGAAGGUGGAAGAGCACGUGCAACAGCUGGCAACAGUUACGGAGGAGGCACAGCACACAAGACAGAGCAUUGAGCAGCUGAAGGCUCUAAUUCCUCAAGUGGCAAGUCACGAUAGACAAGUAGCAAGCCAUGAGAUUCGCAUGGCAGAGAUGGAUCUUCGGUUCCAGAUGAUUGAGACAGCCAGUUAUGAUGGGAAACUGCUCUGGAAAAUCCGGGACUUUAGUCACAGGAAAAGG